AUGCAAAGGUACUACCACAAGGGUGCUUUCUUCCAAGAGGAUGAUAUAUUUCAGCGCGAUUUCUCUGCUCCAACUGGAGAAGAUAAGUUGGAUAUAUCGAAACUGCAUAAAAUCUUGCAGGUCAAGAAGUUUGGUCACAGUGGAAGAACUAAAUGGACUCACCUUCUCAAUGAGGAUACAACAGGUAAAGGUAACCAGUGGACUUUGAUUGAUCCUCUAUGCGAAAAAUACAAGAGAAUGGCAGGCAUGGAUGCUCUUAUAGUCUUAUUGCAAAACCAAAGGGGAGCAAGAAGAUGA